AGCUGACGCGGCGCCUUUGUUCUUUUGGAAUCCAGAUACAUUCGGACUAUGGAAGAGGGAAUUCUCGCUACACUGAAGAUUCUGAUCAUUGGGGAAAGUGGAGUGGGCAAGUCCAGGGAGCAUCUGGCUGAUAUGAACAUUCUCCUGGGAUUCCCUAGCAUUCCAACCUUAUGAAUGAAAUACUGCAUUGCAUAUUUUACCUUCUACUAAGGUUCACAGAUGACACAUUUGACUCUGAAAUUGGUUCAACUAUUGGGGUUGACUUUAAAGUGAAAACCAUGAAGUUUGAUGACAACAGUAUCAAGCUUGCAAUCUGGGAUACAGCUGGACAGGAGCGAUUCCGGACAUUAACACCAAGUUAUUACAGAGGUGCUCAAGGUGUUAUUUUAGUGUAUGAUGUUACGAGGAGAGAAACUUUUGGCAAGCUCGAUAAUUGGUUGAAUGAGUUGGAAACCUUCAGCACUAAACAUGGAAUCGUAAAGAUGCUUGUUGGCAAUAAGAUUGAUAAGAAAAACCGUGAAGUUGAUCGCAGUGAAGGACUGAGAUUUGCCAGAAAACAUUCGAUGCUUUUUAUCGAGGCCAGUGCUAAGACCUGUGAUGGAGUGGAUUGUGCAUUUGAAGAAGUGGUAGAAAAAAUUCUACAAACACCAGGACUAUGGCAGGUUGAGGGACACAACAAAAGCAUGAAAUUAUCUGAAAGCACAUCCGGUCAGGAUAGAGCAUGUGGCGGUUACUGCUCCCUGUUAUAAAUGAACUGGGACUGUCUCACCUUGUAAUACUGUUACUGUGUCAACAGUUGUGACUCUUAGUCUACAAAGCAGGAAGUUGUUGUCGUCUUGAUCUCAAACAACUAAAGUGACGUGAGAUAAGAGAGCAAAUUGCCUUAAUGAAGUCUUUUGCAUACGUUUCUUGUUCAAAUCAUAAUCUUCUGACAGAUUGGCGUAUAUUCUACUUUGUAAUUUGGUUUCUCUGUCUUUAUAUGUCAUGUUAUUUUUAACUAAACAAUGGUGGCUUUAGAUUUGGAAUUCCUAUUGAGCUGAAGCAUUGUUUUAAUUCAUUAGAAAUGGAAGCCUGUGGUAUGGUGAAUUGGCUGAGUUGGUGGGACCAACUUUGUAGAUGGUUUGAUGUUCUUUCAGAUAUCAAUUUUUAAACUAACUCAACCAUCUGGAGCAGGAUAAAUAAUUAUUUUAAGCUUCCUCUGUGUCUACUACCUUCUAUGCCUAAUUUCAGUAGACCCUUGGAUAUGGGAUCUUCUAGCCUCUUCAUCUUCUGCAUGUAAAGAAAUAAUACAUUGGGGUUUGAUGUGCUGGGAGUUGAUGUGUUGAGAGGGCCACGUUUCGAAUCCAAUCUUGGGACCAUUUUCCACUCUACAGCUCCUCUGCAUGAAUACCAAGGCACGUCCAAUUGUUUUGUAGUUCUGUAGUGCAAAAUCAUCUUGCAGUCCAUAAGUUAAUAAUUGUAAUUUUAUAUUGUGCAAUCACUUAUUGCUAAGACUAAGUAGUAAGGUGGAUUUCCUACCAAUAAAUGCUAGAUUUUAAAGGGCUAUUAUCAAGAUUUGACCUGUGAAUACAGUGAGAGUUAUGGCCUUCAAUGGAUGCAUGAUAAUGCUGAUCUUGUAAUCGUUUGUUUACAGUAUUUAAUUCACUUUAAAUCACAUCCCUAACUAGGGAGAAUGAGAAUAAUACUAUUAUUGUCCAUUGCAAUACAAUCUUUUCCCAUCACUACAACUUGUCAGCUCUGCCUUGAAUAACCGAAUAUGCAGAGCUCCUAAGUGUAACCUGGUCCUUUUUUUAAUCACUGGGUUCAUUUAUGUUUUAAACUGCAUAAUUUCCACACUAAAUGCAACCUAUUUAUUAGUAUUUUUCAUAUGCUGUAUCAAUUGUUUAUGUGACAUGCAGAUUUAAGUGAGGUAACAGUAUUUGCAGAUUACUUUCCAGAACAGGAAAGAAACUGUCAAAGUUCCAAAUAUACUUCAAAUAAUCAGAUUUAAUAAACAGUGACUGGCUUAA